AUGCAGGGCGAGACCUUCGCCCACAAGAGCGGCAAGUCCGCCGUUGUCCGGCAGCCUGAGACAGAGGAGGAGAGGCGGGGCGCGUACAGAGCGAUGCACGCAUGUCCGACUUCGUCCAUCAGAGUGGAAGCUUCGGACCCGAUUGCGAGGGAUGCCCUAAAGGAUUUCCCUUUUCCCGUCGACUCCGAGCGUCUCCCAGGCGUAUUUCAUUUGGGCUUCCACGGUGAGAGCUCCUUCGGGUGCUCGCCCUGGCUUGUGCAACGCCCGGAGGGCAACAUGAUGAUGGACAGCCCAAGGUUUCAUCCUGGUCUGGCCAAGGAGCUGGACGCCAAAGGGGGUGUAUCCCUGAUGGUCCUGAGCCACAUUGACGACGUGGGCGAUCACCAAAGGUGGAAAGAGAGGUUUCCGAACAUGAAAAGGGUAAUGCACAAGGCCGACGUCCAGCGAUACGGAGACACGCGCAACAUCGAGAUCAAGCUCGACAGCGACUCCGCUGACGGCCAGAUUGGGUCUCGUGACUACUGGCAACUGGGAGAUGGUUUGAGGGCGCUUCACACGCCCGGACACUCAAGAGGGAGCGUCACGCUUCUUUACCACGGCAACAACAAGAGCGCGCACCCUGCCGCAGAGGGGGGGGGUUCCGCACAAGCCGAAGGCAUCGCGUUCACGGGAGAUCAUCUGGCGCUGUCGGGUCGUACGGGUGCUCUCACUGGCUUCCCCAGGUACGGGUACGACCUUGCCAUGCAGUCCGAGAGCAUUGAGCUUCUCGCCAGACCCGACCUCAAGUUCAGGUGGAUACUGCCCGGUCACGGCCGCAUGAUAAGAUUCGAGAACGACGAAGACCGGGCGUCCCAGAUUAUGGUUGCCGCCGCCAACACCAAGGCUGGCCGCGCUUGACAGAAAUGGGACAGCAGCAGACUGCUGAGACGGAUGUCUGAGAAUAAACGUGCGAGAGACAUGGCGUGCGUGUUUUCGAGUAUUUUUGUGUGUAUUGAGGCGUUGCGACUCCCCGAACAUCUGCCUGCUACGGCUCCCAUGGGGUACCCGGUUGGGUGUCGCUCGUGGUUCGGUGGUCGAUCCAGGUAUCGGCCUGAGGCUGCAGUGACGGGGAUGUGAGGGCAGGUGCAGGGGGGAUUGACGACAAAGUGACAAGAGUACGCAACCAAAAGCCAUAGCUUGGUCGUGUUUUCACCUUCGCAUAGUAGUGUAAGAGCGUUUCGUGCGAAAUCUUUACAGUGGUCUUCGUACGAAGAAGUUGUCCCGAAAGUAGCCGGACGCCUGGGCCUUGGCCGUGGCCACUGUAGAGAAACGCACAUGGGCGUGUGCUUAACCUUGCGACGAGUGUACAUCACGAGGAAAGCUCGAUCGACGUGGCGGGCUGUGCGCACGCGUAGCUCGGACGCGUGUGUGUUUCGGGGGUUGUCCUGGCGGCCGUCAAGGACGAUGCCCCAAGCUGGCAAGUCGCACACCGCACCGGCGUCGGCCGCUUCAACGGGCACCAUUUCGUUUUCUCUUUUGUCGUGGCUUUGGAGAGAAUGUGUGGUCCGUUUGUCAGGGAUAAGUUCGACGAGAGUGGGUUUUCAGAUAUGAGUACCACGGGUGGGUUUUCGGAGAUGAGUCCUACAGUUGGACUUCGGAGACGAUUCCCACCGGGGUUUCUUGACAGCGGCCGUCUUUUGUCGGAAUUGGUUACACAUGU